GCCAUAUCCACGUGAGUCAGAGAACAUUGGAGACUGGUGCGUUCUCAGUUGUCUUCUCGGACCUUAAAUCUGACUUUCUGGGGUCGCCUCCCCCUAUUUCUGUUUCUCCGAAUCCUUCAUUCGUCAACCAUGGAGUUUUCUCAGGAGGACUUUGAUCGCCUUCUUCUCUUCGAGCACACUCGAAAAACCGCCGAAUCUAACUACGCCAAGAACCCGCUCGAUGCAGAUAAUUUGACCAAGUGGGGAGGGGCACUGCUUGAGUUAUCUCAAUUUCAGAAUGCUGCUGAUUCGAAAGAUAUGAUCAGAAGCGCUGUUUUGAAGCUGGAGGAGGCUUUGGCUAUUAAUCCCACGAAGCAUGAUGCUCUAUGGUGUCUGGGAAAUGCCCACACUUCUCAAGCAUUUCUAACUCCUAAUGCAGACGAGGCCAAAGUUUAUUUUGAUAAAGCACGUGACUGUUUCCAGAAGGCAGUAGAUGAGGAACCCAGUAACGAACUUUAUUGCAAGUCUUUGGAAGUCAGUGCAAAGGCGCCCGAGUUCCAUUCGGAGAUCCACAAGCACGGGAACAGUCAACAGAGUGCAGGGCCUUCAGGCGGGGAAGCUACUGCUGCUUCAAACCCAAAGAGUUCCAAGAAGAAGAGCAGUGAUCUCAAGUAUGACAUAUUUGGAUGGAUCAUCCUUGCUGUUGGAAUUGUUGCAUGGGUUGGAAUGACGAAAUCCCACGUUCCGCCCCCUCCUCCGAGGUGAGACUUUUUGAUUCUGCAACCGCAAAUUUGUUCUACUGGAUAGUGUUCUUGCUGAAAAUGCCCCCCAUGGAAGUGCUGAACAAGAUACAGUGAAGAAGGAUCUUGACAUUGAUGCACAAUGCCUGCCUUACCCCUCCUGGUAUUCAACUCACAAGUGCUUCUCAUUUCUAGUGCGCUAGGUGUUAGCUUCGAUCUUCUAUUUUUGCUUAGUUGAUAAUUAGCUGAAAACUCUAAUAUGCUGUAGCGGUUUCUGAUUAAAGAAAGAAAAGUAAAGAAAAUAUUUGCUGUAGACUCUCGUAGUUGGUUGAAUACCAUAUUAUUAUUUCGGUUUGGUUCGA